GUGAAGCGGUCCCACGGAUAGAGAUCCAUGUCUGUGCCCGCGCGUGUGUGCGCGCUUGUAAAUUGCCGAGAAGGGGAAAAUCACAGGACUUCUGCAAAUACUGGACUGAAAAUUGUAAUUCAUCUGCUGCCGCCGCUGCCUUUUUUUUCCUCGUGCUCUUGAGAUCUCCAGUUGGGAUUCCUGCGGAUUGACAUUUCUUUGAAGAAGUCUGGGAAUCAAUUUGGAAAUUCUCCUAAUUUUUACCGCUUCCCCCACCCCCUCCUCAACUCCUGAUUCAUUUGGAAGUUUCAAAGCAGCUAUAACCGGAGAGUUCGGAGGAUUUUUGGAAUCUUUGCCUUAUGCAUUUUUAUUUUCACAAAAAAGGAAACUUGACAGAGGAUCAUGCUGUCCUUAAAAAAUACAACAUCACGGAGGAAGUAGAUUGAUAUUAACAAUAAUUAAUAAUAAUGUGCCUCAUGAAAUAAAGAUCCGAAAGGAAUUUAAAUGAAAAUUUCCUGCAUCUCAUGCCAAGAGGGAAACACCAGAAUCAAGUGUUCCGCGUGACUGAAGACACCCCCCCAUCCAAGAAUGCAAAGCACAUCCAAUAAAAUAGCUGGAUUAUAACUAUUCUUUCUUUCGGGGCCGUGGGGCGGGAGCGGGGGCGAGAGGUGCUGUUGGUACCCAGCUGCUUUUCCUCGGGGCAAGGAUGGCGCACGCUGGGAGAACAGGGUAUGAUAACCGGGAGAUAGUGAUGAAGUACAUCCACUAUAAGCUGUCGCAGAGGGGCUACGAGUGGGAUGCCGGAGAGGUGGGGGCCGCCCCCGCGCCGGGUAUCUUCUCCUCCCAGCCCGGGCGCACCCCCGCGCCCGCCAGGACCUCGCCGCCGCCGCCCCCGGCCGCCCCUGCCGCCGCUGCGGGACCUGCGCUCAGCCCCGUGCCACCUGUGGUCCACCUGACCCUGCGCCAGGCCGGCGAUGACUUCUCCCGUCGCUACCGCCGCGACUUCGCCGAGAUGUCCAGCCAGCUGCACCUGACACCCUUCACCGCGAGGGGACGCUUUGCCACGGUAGUGGAGGAGCUCUUCAGGGAUGGGGUGAACUGGGGGAGGAUUGUGGCCUUCUUUGAGUUCGGUGGGGUCAUGUGUGUGGAAAGCGUCAACCGGGAGAUGUCGCCCCUGGUGGACAGCAUCGCCCUGUGGAUGACUGAGUACCUGAACCGACACCUGCACACGUGGAUCCAGGAUAACGGAGGCUGGGACGCCUUUGUGGAACUGUACGGCCCCAGCAUGCGGCCUCUGUUUGAUUUCUCCUGGCUGUCUCUGAAGGCGCUGCUCAGUCUGGCUCUGGUGGGAGCUUGCAUCACCCUGGGUGCGUAUCUGGGCCACAAGUGAAGUCAACAGGCCUGCCACAAACAAAUAUGCAAAAGGUUCACUAAAGCAGUAGAAAUAUAUGCAUUGCCAGUGAUGUACCAUGAAGCGAAGCUGUGGUCUCUUAAAAAGAAAAAAAAACAAAAACAGCUUUCAAGCUCAACGUCGAAUCAGCUAUUUACUGCCAAAGGGAAAUACCAUUUAUUUUUUACAUUAUUAAGAAAAGAAAGAUUUAUUUAUUUAAGACAGUCCCAUCCACCCUCCUGUCUUUGGAAACCCUACCACUAACUGCCAAGCCCCACCUGAGCAGCUCCACCUGGAUCUCCUGUGCCUAUCAACACGGAUUUGUUUUCCAUGUUGUUGGCUGGACUGACUCACCAUCUGAAGAGCAAACAAACUGACAAAGGCCUUGACUGUUCCAGAAGCUGGGUUUCUGGCUGCUGGAGGUUAGGAGGAAGGUGUUCCUUUUCUUUGCAUUUAUUUGCCCUGGGGGCUGUGAUAUUAACAGAGGGAAGGUGCUUGUAAGGGAAGUCCAUUCUUCCCUGACCUGAAGAGCAGACACUUUGCAUAUGGCUCGCAUGGUACACACCCAGUUGGAAGAAAAAAAUUGGGAACUUCAGAUGGACUUGGCAUCUGCCAAGAGUUCCACACCGAAGGACAAGAUGGGGAAAAUGCCGUUAAACCAUAGGAAAGUAUUUUUUUAAGCUACCAAUUGUGCCGAGAAGCAAUUUUAGCAAUUUAUACAAUAUCAUCCAGUACCUUAAGCCCUGAUGUGUAUAUUCAUAUAUUUUGGAUACGCUCCCCCUCCAAAUACUGGCUCUGUCUGUGUAUGAAACAGAAUUCUCUGGAAUGCGAGGAAGUGAACGUUUAGGUGACUUCUUCAGCAUCAGGAAGGCUUGAGUUACCCAGAAGCAUCAGGCCACCACAAGUGCCUGCUUUUCCGCAAGAGGCUGCAGUCUGACAUCCUGCCUUGCCCCAGCUCGGAGGCCUCGUGCUGGAACUGAGCCUGGGCACUCGCUGGCCUGUUCGAGGGGUUUGAAACAGAGCACGGUGGUCUCUGAAUGUCUGGAAGCUGACAGCUCAGAAUUCCACUGUCGAAAAAGAAGAGUAUGUAGGCCUGGGCCUGUUACCCUGCAGCCCUCUAGUUAGGCCCGAGUCCACGUGGAUAUGGAACCUGGGAGCCGAGACUCUUAAGACGGUUAUAUCACUGGGGAGGAAAGGAAACAGCGGCACUGAGCCUCUCCUAGCAGAGGGAGGUGCUGAAGGCUGGAAAUGCCCCUACCGAAAGGACACUCGAGGAGAGGAGACGUGUGCGGCCUGCGCGCCGUGUGGCCGCGGCGCAUGCGUGUUGGCCGCGUGUCAGCCCGCUUGCCUGCGCAGUUUAAAGCAAGGCUUUAAAGGACUUUGGGGAGGGUCAUAAAUCCUAAAGGAAGCGUUGAAAUGAGGUGUCAUGGAUUAAUUGACCCAUGUCUGUGGAAUUACGAUGUAAAACAUUAUCUUGUCAUUGUAGUUUGGUUUUAUUUGAAAACCUGACA